AAAACCAGAACCAAAAAUGGCAGCCAUUACAUGGGCAUCUCUUCACCUCAAAACCCCAACCCCUUCCCUCCAUUUCCCUAACCUCCCAAAACGCCAUUCCAUCCUCACCCGACCUGCCCCGAGAGCCCGCAUCCGGGCCUCCCUGAUCGAGCCCGACGGCGGGAGACUGGUGGAGCUCAUGGUGAAAGAAUCCGAGAAGCUGUCGAAGGUGAAGGCGGCGGAGCAGCUGCCGAAGAUCAGGCUGUCGGCGGUGGACCUGCAGUGGGUGCACGUGCUGAGCGAGGGGUGGGCCAGCCCCCUCCGCGGCUUCAUGAGAGAGUCUGAGUUCCUCCAAACGCUUCAUUUUUCCUCGCUCCGUCUCCAAGACGGCUCGCGGGUCAACAUGUCGGUCCCCAUCGUGCUCGCGCUCGACGACCUCCAGAAGGCUCGGAUCGGGUCGUCCACUGCUGUUGCGCUGGUCGACGAAGGGGGCGAUCUCGUCGCUAUUUUGAGCGACAUUGAGAUAUACAAGCACAAUAAAGAAGAAAGAAUUGCAAGGACUUGGGGCACCACAGCAGGUGGCCUUCCCUAUGCUGAGAAGGCCAUUAGUGGUGCCGGAAACUGGCUGAUUGGCGGUGACCUAGAGGUCGUAAAGCCGAUCAAGUACAACGACGGGCUGGACCGGUUCCGCCUCUCCCCUGCCCAGCUCCGCCACGAGUUUGAGAGGCGCGAAGCAGACGCUGUGUUUGCCUUCCAGCUGAGGAACCCGGUCCACAACGGCCACGCCCUGCUCAUGACCGACACUCGUCGUCGCCUGCUUGACAUGGGAUACAAGAAUCCAGUCCUCUUGCUCCAUCCUUUGGGUGGCUACACUAAAGAGGAUGAUGUUCCACUUACUUGGCGCAUGAAGCAACAUGAAAAGGUUCUUGAAGAUGGAGUGCUGGAUCCGGAGACUACGGUGGUGUCUAUAUUCCCGUCUCCGAUGCACUAUGCCGGCCCUACUGAGGUGCAGUGGCAUGCCAAGGCUCGGAUCAAUGCGGGUGCUAACUUCUACAUUGUCGGGCGUGACCCUGCCGGGAUGGCUCACCCUAUUGAGAAACGAGACCUCUACGAUGCUGAUCACGGGAAGAAGGUGCUGAGCAUGGCCCCGGGGCUGGAGCGCCUCAACAUACUGCCUUUCAAGGUGGCUGCCUAUGACAAGACACAGAGUAAGAUGGCCUUCUUUGAUCCAUCAAGGGCUCAAGACUUUGUGUUCAUAUCUGGGACUAAGAUGCGGACCCUGGCUAAGAACCGGGAGAGCCCUCCGGACGGAUUCAUGUGCCCCGGUGGGUGGAAAGUGUUGGUGGAAUACUAUGAGAGUCUAGCUCCGGCCAGCAACGGCCGGGUGCCUCAGCCACUUGCUGCUUGAUGUUGAUGAUGAUGUUGAUCAUCACUCUGUAUAAUAUAUUACUAUGUUUCUGAAUUCUCUUCCUCAAUAAUCCCUUAUGUGUGAGGUGAUAUAGUUUGCUACAUAUGUAAUAUAAUGUGCUACUAAACAGUCAUCCCUCUUUGUAUUAUAAUAUCCCAAGGUUUGAAUUAUAUGCAGACUAAAAUCUAUCUAUGUUGACUAUUUUCUUAAA